GGAAGGUCUGAUAGAUUUCGAGGCGCGCAAUUCGCGUCACAAGAAGGUUUGGUGUGGCGCAGGCGUGCCGACGGACAGCCUCGCAGCCUGCGCCGCAUGCCAUCAUUCAUGAUGUGCACUUUACGCUUGCAAACCUCACCCUACCCACCGAUCGUCCCCGCGCGGUGCGUGCUGAACUAUCGAAUGCCGCAUUCUUCCUCUCCAGACCAUCAUGGCUUCCACAACCCUCCAACCCCUCCAGUUCGCCCCCUGGACCUCCGACAUCGAGCUGGCCUUCUACUCCUCCCUCGCCUCGCUCAAGAUCAACCAUGACAUGCUCAACACCUCCGCGCGUAAAGUGCGCGGGCUCUACGAGAUCAAUCACCGCGAUGCGCCGGAGAGAUCGAUGCGCAUGCAACUCCACGGCACCGCCCUGACCACCGACGAGACUCCGCAGAACUACUACCGUGCAGAAGGCUCGAUCCGCAACUUCAAUACCCCCGAAGAGUUCCACGCAGUUGACAAACUCGCACACAUCCAGCUCGCCGGGCGGACGAUCUGGGAUGCCAUAAGAGAUGGUAGCAUCUACUCUUGUCCCUCCCUGCUCUCCUCCUUCUCCGCCAUAUGCUUCGCCGACCUCAAGAAAUACAAGUUCUCCUAUCACCUCGCAUAUCCUGCCCUGCACUCCGAUCCGCCGUGGAGGCUCGUUGCGCCGGAGGAUAACGCGCAAGGCGGCAUACGCCGGCUGCCAGCAAAAGAUACAGAAGCUCUGGUGGAUGCGGCACAAACUUGGAGAUAUAGUGUUGACGCAAGACAAGCCGGCUUUUUCCUUGCAAAACGAGUACGGAAAGAAAUCCUGGAUCUUGAGCGACAACUCGGGCGGCUAGAUGUUGGCGAGUUGCAGCAGCAAGAGUCGAGUGCAUCGGCGAGUCCUAUAUCACCCCUAUCAAGCCGAAAGUCCAGCCUGAGCGAGUUGGGUUACAUCUGGUCCAUUGCGCCGCUUUCGAGUUAUGAGAACGGCUUUUUCGACAAUGCGAAUGAAGAUGAUCGGUUUGUGUGCUUUGCCGACCCGUCCACAUAUACGUCUGGCCCUGGGUGGAUGCUCAGAAAUCUGCUCGUUCUGGUUCGGCAACGCUGGAAGCUCGACAAAGUCCAGAUUCUGUGUUACAGAGAUACACAUCUCCGGCGGGACUUGCAGAACAGUCUAAUCAUGACUGUACAGUCCGCCGAGCCUGUCAAUGAUAUCACAGAGGAGCGGACAUCGACCAAAGAAGUGCCAAAAGUCACCGGCUGGGAGCGAAAUGAACACGCCCGGAUCUUCUCGCGGACCGUCGAUCUCGCAGCCUACCUCGAUCCGACCAAAUUGGCAGACCAGGCAGUUGACCUGAACCUGAAGCUCAUCAAAUGGCGGAUCUCGCCUUCGAUAGACCUCGAAACCAUCAAGAAAACUUCUUGUCUCCUGCUCGGCGCUGGCACGCUGGGCUCAUACGUCGCUCGUAACCUCAUGGGUUGGGGCGUGCGCAAAAUCACAUUUGUGGAUAACGGGCGGGUGAGCUACUCCAACCCGGUCAGACAACCCUUAUACACAUUUCAAGAUUGUCUGGAGGGCGGGGCGCGAAAAGCGGAACGGGCGGCAGAAGCACUACGCCAAAUCUAUCCUGGUGUUGAGGUGGAGGGCCGUGUGAUGAAUGUCCCCAUGGCCGGACAUCCCAUCACGGACGAGGCGAAAGUGCGAAAGGAGUUUGAGGAUCUCAAAGCUUUGAUCGAAAGUCACGAUGCCAUCUUCCUGCUCAUGGAUACAAGAGAGAGUCGCUGGCUGCCAACUGUGAUGGCCAAGGCGGCUGGAAAGAUCGUAAUCAACGCUGCCUUGGGCUUCGACACGUACAUGGUGAUGAGGCAUGGUCUGCGAUUACGGCGGCCGACAAUUCAUCCAGAAGACAGACAGGCGAGUGAAGUCUCCGUCGAGCAAGUGUCCAAUGAGAUGAGCCCGAUCCGGUCGCCCGAGUCCGGUGCAGUUGAUAUGAAUGGUGGUGCGCAGGGAGCGUCGUUGGUGAGCGUACUCACGGAGCAGGAGAAUGAGGAUAAGGAAGAAGUGGGCUGCUAUUUCUGCUCGGAUGUCGUCGCGCCGGCCGACAGCUUAAAGUCAGCGACACUCGACCAGCAGUGCACCGUCACUCGCCCAGGAGCAGCUCCGAUCGCUUCAGCAUUGGCCGUCGAGCUGCUCGUGUCAAUAACGCAGCACCGCUUGCGAGGCCGAGCGCCUGCUCCCGCUCCAGCAACAACGCAUCAGAUUCAACCUGCUCCGCCGACCGAUCCAUCACUUCCGGACAGCCAUCCUCUCGGAACUGUGCCGCACCAGCUCCGAGGCUACAUGAGCACUUGGCAAACGAUCCAGGUACAUGGUAAAGCGUACGACUGCUGCUCGGCUUGUUCGCCGCCCAUUCUGCUAGCGUAUGAGCGGGACGGAUGGGAGUUUGUGAAGCGCGCACUUGGGGAGAAAGGGUUCGUGGAAGACGUCUCGGGCUUGGCGGAGGUGCAGCGGAAGGCUGAGCAGGCGGAGCGAGAGAUGGAGAGGUGGGAUGAUGAGGACGACGAGUUUGACGACGGAGAGGGAGAGCUGGUAUAAGAUGAUGUUAUGAAUUCAUUCAUUGCCGAUGGGCUGAUGACCAUAUGCGCUCUUCAUAACCAUCCGCGGCAUAUUCGUGACAGGCUCGGCAUGUUCGCAGCCUGAUGCGUGGCGUCGCAUCGCUUACGUAGCGCCUGAUUACAUAAACAUCGC